AUGUUGGGCCACAGACUUUCAGAGUCUGGGGAUGAAGCCCAUGUCCAUGCUGGUAACGCCGUGCUUAAUGCCGACAACUACACGUUCUUGGACCCUGGGGUGUAUUCUUCGAGGGAAUCCUCGCCUUCUAGGAGACUGCUUCUGUGCAUGGUGGUUUCGCAGUCUGUGAUCAUCCUGCUCUUGGUCAUCAUCUGCAUCAGACUAUUCCCCUUCAUGUGUACCCCAUGCCCGCUGCAGGAACAGGGCUGGAAUGAUACGGUCCAGUAUAGCUAUGGAGUGUCAGAGGAGUACAUGACGCUGGACCACAAAUUUGAUUAUUUAUGGUCUGAGACUGACUCAUCCCCUCUCAUUGAAUCGACGGGGCCAGAUGGGCAGCCACAGCGGGAAUCGAUCAGCAUGUUCCAUCAAUUGCACUGUUUAGCAUCAAUCCGGAUGGCCCUACAGGAGUCCAGGGAGAAUAAGGAUGUCGGCAUGGACUGGAGAGACAACGCUCACUGGCCGCACUGCCUUGACUACCUUCGUCAGACGAUUUUAUGCUUCGCCGACGACACCCUGGAGCACCGAGAUCGUCUCCCGAAUGGGACAACAGUCCGUUUCAUCAGCGGAACCCAGGAUGUACGCAGGUGUCGGUCCUCAGAGCGGUUGUAUGCCCUCAGAGCAGAGAAGGGCAUAUCUGUUUCGCAGGUAGACGUCUAG